AUGAGCCAGAUGGCUGGCAUCAGAGAUGAUGGAGCCAGCCCUCAUCAGAUACGAGGUGGAGUAAAUAGUGUAAAGCUGAGGAUCACUCCCAAGGAUUUUAGAAGGAGUACUGAUAGUCUUUUGGAGGAGCUUAUGAUCCUAAAAAACAUCGACGACUGCCAGUCCAACCCUUGCAAGAAUGGCGGCACCUGCAUCGACGAGAUCAAUUCCUUCGUCUGCCUCUGCCUACCCAGCUAUGGAGGAGACACAUGUGAUAAAGAUACAGAGGGUUGCGAGCACAGUUGGAGGAAGUUCCAUGGUCACUGCUACCGAUACUUCUCACACAGACACACAUGGGAGGAUGCAGAGAAGGACUGCAGGGAGCACAGCGGGCACCUGGCCAGCAUCCACUCGCUGGAGGAGCAGAACUUCAUCAAUGGUCUGGGCCAUGAGAACACUUGGAUCGGCCUGAAUGACCGGACAGUGGAAGAGGACUUUCAGUGGACAGACAAUAUGGCUCUGCAAUAUGAAAACUGGCGUGAAAAUCAGCCUGAUAACUUCUUUGCUGGUGGAGAAGACUGCGUGGUGAUGAUUGCCCAUGAGUCAGGAAAGUGGAACGAUGUACCCUGCAACUAUAACCUGCCUUACGUCUGCAAGAAAGGAACAG